AUGAAAAUCAUUUUUGUUUUCGGCUUGGCCUUGACAUUUGUUUCGGCUGACAUUGUUGGCGGCAUAACUGAGCUCUCUGGCGAUGAUCUGAAGGAAGCCGAAGUUACCCUGAACAAAUCGCUGUCCAAGUUGGCAAGCGGCGAUGGACCCAACUAUAAAUUGGGCAAAAUCAUCAAGGCCACUCGUCAAAUUGUUGCGGGCAACAAAUACGUCUACGAUGUGGAGCUAGUUGAGGGCAGCAAGACGAAGGUGUGCAAUGUGGUGAUCGUGUCCCAGCCCUGGCUCGAGAACGGAAUCGAAGUGACCUUUAACUGCCCUGACGGAAAAGUUGUGAAGAGGCACAGUGCCUGAGCAUUGACAAUAUACGUUAUACUUC